AUGUGGCACACCGGCCAAAGAUCACACGUUUGUCCACACUGCAACAAGGCGUUCUUUCAGGUAAGUUAUUUUUCUCCGAGAGAAGUACACAAAUAUCUCCUCAUUUUUUGCAGAAAGGUCAUCUCACACAACAUUUGAUGAUUCAUUCGGGCGGCCGGCCGCACGAAUGUCAGCAGUGUCACAAGACUUUUAUUUUUAAGGUGAGAUUUUUGACAUCUCUAAAUAACUUAAAAUUCUCCCUGGAGAAUAAGUAGCUUUUCAAUCAAAACCUCCCAAAUUUCAUUUUUUUUCAGUUCGACCUCAAUCGCCACAUGAAAAUCCACCAAGAACGCGGCUACUCUUGUCAACAAUGCGGUCGAAGUUUCCUCAAGCAAGUGAUGCUCGACGAGCAUCAUCUGAAAUGCAAAGGAAAACCAUCGUCGCCAUCGAGAAGUUCACUUUCAUCCGGAACUUCCGCAACUUCCGCAUUCAAUCCCGUUCUAGCCGCAGAUCAUAUCGCUAAAAUGGCACAACGUUUGCGAGAACAACAACAACAGAACUCCGCGUUUACGUCACUUCUCAUCGAGCAGAACAAGCAGAAUAACAAUAAUUUGAUACCCCGUGAGUUGUUGGCCACGCCCCUUUUCUGCAAGCCUGGCGCAGUUUUCCCCCUAUCAAAAAUUCAAAAUCAAAGUUUUCAGCCCCGCUAUUUUGUGUGAUCUGCAAAUCGAGCUUCACCAAUCAGUCAGCAUUUGCCAUCCACACUUAUAUGCAUCAUUUGACUACAGUACCCCCACCGGUUUUGGAUACUACCGUAGCCGCCUUGGGUAGUAAUAGUACUGUAGUUGGUCCUGGAGCGAUUUUGGGAAGUGGAAAUGGAUCGGAUGUGGAUCCAGCGACGGAUACAUCGUGUGCUUCAAGGUACGCUAGGGUUACUGUAGAGUGAAUUUUCAAAAAAUCUGAAUAGCUUACAAAUAUUGUUAGAACUACCGUGGAUCAAAUUUUUUCAGCUAAAAAUUUUUCAGAUAAAAUUUUCAAUGAUCAUAUGGAAAAACAAAAAUCGAGUUUUUAAUAUGAGCAAUGCCUUAGAGAUACCGAAUUUGUGGUUUUCAAUUUUGGAGCAUAAAAAUUUGAUUUUUGAGUUUCAGAUUUUUAAUUUGGUCAGGAAAACCUCUACCAAAAAAUCUCAAAUUCAAAAAAAAAUAGGCGCAAGGGGGAAUCGAACCUGUCAAAUCCCAACCCGGUUCAUAAUAGUCGUAUGUAUAAAUUUAAUAUUUAUAAUAGUAAUAUUUGUAAAAAAACAUACAUACAUAUAUGUUAGUUAGAAAGAAACACAAAAAACAAUAAUGAUAUUCAGCGUUCUCCUUUCCUAGCAUAGUUUGUUGUAAUGACACAUUCUUCAGUCGAACAUUACGAUUUGUCAUACAAAUAUUAUUUUUGGUCAAUAUGUUUUCUUUCUGUUGAUCAGAAAAACCCGCGACCUUUUACAAAAUUCUGUUCAGCUCAUUGAGCUCUACAAGACUUGAAAUUCCAAAAAAAAUUUCCAGCCCUCAAAAAGCAUCGCCACUCCAAUUGGAAUCCUGCCUCGAAUCGAGUCAAUCUUCAGUCUCACCAUCUUCCUCAUCCACAACUUCAGGCCGAAUUUCCGAGCCAGGAUGUAAGGAUUGCAAUGGAAGUUGGCUAAAAAUCCAGGAACUCGAGACGAAAAUCGAUAAGAAAAAUGAGGAAUUUGACACUUAUCGACAUAUGGUGAAAAUGGUGAGUUCAGGGUGGAUUUUGCCACGUGGCAAUUUAAAAAAUGCUGAAUUUUUUUCAGAUUGUCUCAUCGGUUUCAACAAUUCUCAGUCAAUCAAAUCCGGACCAAAACAAUUUUUUGAUAAAUCAUGCCAACAAUAUUUUCAAGCAACUUCAAAAUUCCCUCUGA